UUAAACGCUACCACUACUUGCCGAGGUAAGUAUACACUAUCAAUAUAUUGUUGUAGAAUUAGAUUUUCAGCAGGCAUACAGAGACUUGCACGAGGUGCGUUAUCUCUAUGCAAAUAAGUAGUUCAUCUUAACUCUUUCAGGUGGCCACUCAUCCGCAUUCUUUCAACUCGCAUGCCAAUGUUCUAGUUCGGUCCUACCUCUUGAACCGCGUCAAGGACAUAGCUUCUUCCUAUGAUCACGUCUCUGUGGAUUUCGACCUUUUUUCAAAUGCGUCGUGGGCCGCAGGACUCCUCUCCACCAACCCAUACGCAGUAUAUCAUGAAUCUGACAAUAUAUUGGGAGCGACGAGGAGUAUCAAGAGUCAGGUGGACUUUUGCUCAGUGCGCACUGGGAUUCUGUCAGUACCGCUCCUGGCGCGACAGAUAAUGGUAUGGGUGUGGUGACACUUUUGAGUAUGGUGAAGUACUUUGCGGAGAACAGGCCCAGCAGGAUGGUAGUGUUCAACAUCAAUAAUGGCGAAGAGGAUGGCUUGAAUGGAGCUCAUGUUUUCAUGGAGCAUUCCAUGGGCAAUGUCACUGAUACCUUCUUGAACCUGGAAGGCGCUGCCGCAGGAGGACGACCACUACUCUUCCGAACGACUUCUCGCGCUCCUCUGGCGUCCUGGAGCACUUCUCAUCCCCACGCAAAUGUCCUUACUGGCGAUGCGUUUUCGCGUGGUGUUAUCCGCAGUGGUACAGACUACUCGGUUUACGAACAAGCUGGACUCAAGGGGCUAGAUUUUGCUUUCUACCGCGGAAGGAGCAGGUAUCAUACGAAGUACGAUUCUAUCCCUGGUAUGUCUGGCGACAAGAGCAAAAACGCGUUAUGUGCAAUGAUGGAGGGAACACUGUUCUCGAGUCUCGUGCUCGCAAAUGAUGUAAAGGGAAAAACGAGGACCGAGUCCAUUGGACAAGGAAGUGAGCCAGUGUAUUUCGACCUUUUUGGUACCAUUAUGAUCAUGUUCACAUUCCAAACUCUAAGGAUUGCAAACAUUGUCCUCCUUAUCGUCGGGCCUGUCAUUCUCCUGAUGUUGGUUUACUUCGAGCAUAUCAUCCGAGUCGCGUCUCGUAUUCGUUCUGGACACUAUCGUGCUGCAAAUGGUAAUGUACAUCGCGAGAGCUUUGUGGUGCGUGCAUCGGCAGAAAUCAAACAUUUCCUCAAAAGCUUUUGGGUCUGGUUCAAAUUCUGGACUGCUUUGUUACUCGGUGUUGCCUUCCAGAUGCUUUUAGUGGUAGGAUAUGUGAAGCUGAAUCCAUUCGUCAUUCACACUCACCCUUGGCUUGUGCUUGUGUCUGCGUUGUCGUUGGCUUAUCUCACAACAGCCCUUGCUCUCACCUUUCCACUUACGAAGCAUGGCGUUGUCCCUGCUCCAGAACAGCAAAAGCUGUCUAUCCUUCUCCAUCAGUAUGUUCUCACAUGGGCGCCCCUCGUAUAUGCAACAUCAGCCAUGACGCUUGGGGGAACAUAUUUCAUAACCGUUUGGAACGCGGUGGUUUUCCUUGGAGCUGUGCUUGCGUGUGUGGAAGGCAUGGCUGGCGCUCGAGGAUACAAAGACGAGGGAGAGAUUCAAGGACAAAGGUGUUACGUGCGAGGUGUGCACUACGAUGUCGUGGACACUGCCGAGAAUGGCCACCAGCGCGCGGGCAUAAUUGAGGAAACUGAGCCGACAGAGAUUACACGCCUUGUCGCUCAGCAUGGCCAGUCCAGGCCGUUAGGUCAAGAGCAAGGUGCUAUUAUAUAGGACUUUUCUAUAUAGGUUGGGGUUAUGAAGGGGUUAUUUUAGGUCUUUUCAUAAUAUAUGCCUCCAAUGGAACUGGUUUCAUUGGAGGGACUAGGUAUAUUCGUAUAUCAACU